AUCUGUAAUCACUGCUGAAAUACAAACAUAAUCUGGUACACUUUAUGCAUGAAGUAGUGUAUUACUAUUUAAAUUCUUUGAUUUACAAAGAAUUAAACGCAUUGACUUUUAAACAAUAAUUUUAUUUUCAAUGAUUUGAUUACACGAAGGAAUAUUUUUAUUCUUGUAGAAAUGGCUUCCAAUGAUGGUAUACCUCCACCUGCAGCAGUACCUGGGUUUCCAUCAGCAACUCCAAAUAUUGCUUCUAAUUUUGUACCACCAAUUAUACCCACUGCACCAUUUAUACCUCCUCCUAGUUUACCACCUGGUCCACCAGGUAUAAUGCCUCCACAAUUUUCCAUACCUCCUCCUGGUUUUAGUUUUCCAAUUACCGGUGCUCCUCCAGCUGAUACUGGAGUGAUAGCUGCACCUCCUCAAAUAACCGCACCAGGUAUUCCUCCUCCAGCACCUAUUGCAAGCGAAGCUACAUCAAGUGUACAACCUAUUGCAACAGAAAAAAAGACUGAUUGGACUGAACAUAAAGCCCCAGAUGGCAGAACAUAUUAUUAUAAUAGUGUUACAAAACAAUCUUUAUGGGAGAAGCCAGAUGAAUUAAAAACACCUAGUGAAUUACUAUUAUCACAGUGUCCUUGGAAAGAAUAUAAGUCAGAGAAUGGAAAAGUAUACUAUCAUAAUGUAACAACUAAGGAAUCAAGGUGGACUAUUCCUAAAGAAUUAGAAGAACUGAAAGCAAGAAUUGCAGCUGAAGAAGCAGCAGCAGCAGCUGCAGUGGUUGUAGCAAGUGCUACAAAUACUAUAGUUCCUGUUGGUAUGCAACAUUUAUCUCCAAAUGUAGCAAUCGCAAAUACAUCUCAAACUAGUACACCAGAACCAGGUGGAAAAUCUGCCAUUGAACAAGCUAUGGCUGCAACACUUGCAGCAAUAAACAUUCCUACUCCACCUGCAAAGCCAGAUGAAGAUAGUAAUUCUGCAAAAGGAUCAGCAAAUGAUAGCCGUACUAGCACUCCUGAACCAAAAAUGCAAUUUAAAGAUAAAAAGGAAGCAAUUGAAGCAUUUAAAGAAUUAUUAAGGGAAAGAGAUGUACCAUCAAAUGCUACAUGGGAACAAGCAGUAAAAUUAAUACAAAGUGAUCCUAGGUAUCCGCAAAUGAAGAAAUUAAAUGAACGCAAACAAGCAUUCAAUGCAUAUAAAACACAGAAACUUAAAGAAGAACGCGAACACGAACGUUUAAGAUUAAAAAAAGCUAAGGAGGAUCUGGAACAAUUUCUAUUAGAAAACGAUAGAAUGACAAGUACAACAAAGUAUUACAAAUGUGAGGAAAUGUUUGGCAAUUUAGAAGUAUGGAGAUCUGUAGGAGAUUCGGAUCGUCGAGAUAUUUAUGAGGACGUCAUUUUUAAUUUGGCUAAACGCGAGAAAGAAGAAGCAAAGCAGUUGAAAAAAAGAAAUACCAAGAGAUUAGCUCAAGUUUUGGAUACUAUGACUGAUGUUACAUAUAAGACCACUUGGCAAGAAGCACAAGCAUUACUUUUACAACAUGCGGCAUUUGCAGAAGAUGCAGAUUUGCUAGAAAUGGAUAAAGAAGAUGCCUUACUUGUAUUUGAAAAUCAUAUACGUCAAUUAGAAAAAGAUGAAGAAGAAGAAAAAGAACAUGAAAAGAAACGUAGAAAACGACAGGAAAGGAAAAAUAGGGAUGCAUUUAUAAGCUUACUUGACGAACUUCACGAGCAAGGAAAAUUAACAUCAAUGUCACUUUGGGUAGAACUUUAUCCAAUGUUAUCUGCUGAUUUAAGAUUUUCAGCUAUGCUUGGACAAUCUGGAUCAACUCCUUUAGAUCUUUUCAAGUUUUAUGUUGAAGAUUUAAAAUCUAGAUUCCACGACGAGAAGAAAAUUAUAAGAGAAAUUCUAAAGGACAAAAACUUCGAAGUGCAAGUUAACACUACUUUUGAAGAAUUUGCAACUGUAGUAUGCGAAGAUAGAAAAUCUGCAACAUUAGAUGCUGGAAAUGUAAAAUUAACAUACAAUUUACUGCUUGAAAAAGCUGAAGCGCGGGAAAAAGAACGAGUAAAAGAAGAAACCAGGAAAUUUAAAAAAUUAGAAACAGGUUUCAAAAAUUUACUAAAAACUCUUAAUGUUGAUUAUCAAAUGACGUGGGAAGAUAUUAGAAGUAAAAUCGAAGAAGACCCAGAUUUUAAAGCGAUAACGUUAGAAAGUGAAAGAAUUAGGAUUUUUAAAGAAUACCAACACGAACUUGAAGAAAGUUGUAGUCACCAUCAUAUUAGAAGUAAAAAGAAGAAAACGAAAAAGGUGAAACGAAAAUCACGGUCUCGAUCGCACAGUGAGUCGGAAGGUAGUGAUAAAGGUUUAAAGAAAAAGCGACAUAAAUCACGUUCACCAAGUGUUCCCAGUAAAUCGGACAGUUCUGAAUCCGAUACUAGAAAAUCAAAACGAAAGAAAAGUAAAAAGAAGAGAGGUCGCAGUCAUUCUCGGUCGCAUUCGAGACUUCCAUCUUCCGAAGAAUCUCCAGACAGAAAACGAAAGGAAGAGAAACACAGAAGAGCUUCUGCUCAUAGUGAAGGGUCCGUUACUGAAAAUGCUGAACAUCAUGAACUUUCAGAAGAUGAAUUAGAAAAACAGAGAGCUCAGUUAUUGCGUGAAUUACAAAUGCAGCAAGAAGAUAAUUGAAAGUAGUUUAUUUACUGAUGAUACUUCAUGUAAUUUUAAAUAAUUGCAAUAUUAAAUUAAACUUUGUACAAAAUCUAA